AUGGCCAUUUCUCCUGAUUACGACGCGAUUAUUGUCGGCGCCGGCUUCUCUGGCAUAUAUGCCCUUUACAAGCUGCGACAACUCAGCCUGAACGUGCUAUUGAUAGACAACGCAAAAGACGUCGGUGGAACAUGGUACUGGAACCGAUAUCCGGGGGCGUCGUCAGAUGUGCAUUCCUUCGUUUUUCGGUACUCUUUCGAUAAGGAGGACCUACGCACCUAUCCCUGGCCAAACCACUACUUAACACAACCAGAGGUCAAGGCCUACUUGGCAAAUGUAGUUGACAAAUACGAUUUGAGAAAACAUAUUCAGUUCGAAACAACACUACUCGAAGCUGAAUUUAACGAGCCCGACAAUCUGUGGCAUAUCAAGGCUUCGGGUGACAAAAUAUUCUCGACACGUUACCUCGUGACGGGAGUAGGACAGCUCAGCAAGAGAAACAUACCGGACAUCAAGAAUUUCGACUCCUUUAAAGGAGAUCUCUAUCAUACAGCGGACUGGCCAGAGCACCAUGACUUUCGCGGUAAACGUGUAGGCGUCAUUGGUAACGGCUCAACAGGCAGCCAAAUUCUCAUUGAGCUGGCAAAGGAAGCAAAACAAGUUACCAGUUUCCAGCGCAAUGCGCAAUGGAACGUUCCCAACGGCAAUAGACCUGUGACGGAAGAAGAGCGCACGCACAUCAACGAGCACUACGAUGAGAUAUGGGACCGCGUGCGAAAUUCUGCCGUGGCCUUCGGCUUUCCCGAGAGCACAACCCCCGCCUUCAGCGUCUCCGACGAGGAGCGCCGACAGGUCUUUCAGAAGGCUUGGGACGAAGGCAACGGCUUCAGGUUCAUGUUCGCCACCUUCUCGGAUAUUACCUCAGAUGAAAAGGCCAACAAGGCUGCGACCGACUUUAUCAAAAGUAAAAUUCAGGAGACCGUUAAAGAUCCGGAGACAGUCCGCAAACUGAUUCCAACGGAAUUUUACGCCAGAAGACCGAUCUGUAACAAUGGGUAUUACGAAGUGUUCAACCAGAAUAAUGUGAGCCUUGUUUCGUUGAAGGAGACGCCGUUCAGGGAGUUGACUCCAACGGGCGCCGUCACGUCCGAUGGUGUUGAGCAUCCGCUAGAUGCACUUGUGCUGGCCACCGGAUUCGAUGCCGUCACCGGUAGCUACACGAAGAUCAAGAUUCGGGGCCGUGGGGGCAAGACCCUUCAGGAGCAUUGGGCGGAUACUCCGUCGUCGUACCUCGGCGUGGCCGUUCCCGGCUUUCCGAACCUGUUUACUAUCUCUGGGCCUAAUCAUCCGUUCACCAACACUCCUCCACAAACCGAGGCCCAGGUUGAUUUCAUCGCCAACCUCAUUGCACACGCGGGCACUCAGGCUACGGUGGAAGCGACUCCGGAAGCCGAAAAGGAAUGGACUGAGCUGAGUAAUAAGAUCGUGGAAGGCAGUUUACUCCACAAAACGGGCGGUUGGGUCUUUGGAGAAAACAUUCCUGGCAAGAAACAUAACGUCUUGUUCUUCUUUGGUGGAUUGAAAAACUAUCGCGAUCGACAAGCUGCGAUCAUUGCAGACGGAUAUAGGGGGUUCAAGAUCAUUCCAGUAGAUAAAUCAUGA